GUAACUCAUCCUCCAGACUCAGCUCUCCAAAUAUUAGCAGGCCCUGGAAGUGGGAAGACUAAAGUUCUUACAUCAAGAAUUGCCUACAUGAUAGUGCACCAUGACAUGGACCCAUCGUCUAUAUGCGCUGUCACAUUCACCAACAAGGCGGCCAACGAAAUGCGAGCACGUCUAGCAAAACUCAUUGGUAAAGAUAGGGCCAAUAAAGUCAAGAUGGGUACUUUCCAUGCGAUCUGCGUUCUCUUUCUGCGGAAAUAUGGGAGUGCAGUCGGCCUUGACGCGAACUUCACUAUAUGUGAUUCUGAAGAGUCCAAGAAAAUUGUGUCGGGAUUGUUGAAGCCUUACAGCGAUUUACUUGCAUCCAAAGACAUCAUAGUGAAACCAGCCACUAUCUGUUCAAUGAUUUCUCGAGCCAAAUCCAAGGGACAAACUCCAGAAGAUGUUAUGCCACGUAAAAAACGUCCGUCAGGAAGCAGAGCUGCUCCUCACAACCCAGUCAACGAGGAUAUCCAGCGUAUCUUUGCAGAAAUAUACCGCGUCUAUGAGACGUCUUUGCGAAAAAGCAACAGUUUAGACUUCGAUGACCUCCUGCUCUUUGGCGUAAGACUUUUCUCACGACAUCCAACGUAUGCUGCUUGGUGUCAGCACGUACUUGUCGACGAAUUCCAAGACACAAAUAUAGUCCAAUACGAGCUCAUGUGUUGCAUCGCUGCUGCUAGUCGCUGCGUAACGAUUGUUGGGGAUCCAGACCAAUCAAUUUAUGGUUGGCGAUCUGCGGACAUUACGAACCUCGUCAAGAUGCAAAACGACUUCCCUAACGUAUCGCAGAUCAUGCUUGAGCAAAAUUACCGUUCAGCAGGAUCUAUCCUUGCGGCAAGUGUCGCCAUCAUCUCCCAAGAUCCAUCGCGGGUUGCAAAAACCCUGCAUACAUCCCAUCCUCCCGGGCCCCGUCCAAUGCUCCGGUCGUUCCCUACAGAACACGACGAAGCUGCUUUCAUUGCGUGGGAGAUCAACCGCAUGAUCGCACAAUCAGGAGGGAUGUUAGGAUUCGGAGACUUCGCGGUGCUUCUGCGUUUACACGCCAUAUCCAGAACAAUUGAGAGUGCGCUUCAAAAGGAAGGUAUCCCUCAUCGAAUACUAGGUGGACAUCGGUUCUUCGAACGGACAGAAAUUAAAGAUAUCUUGGCGUACCUCCAGCUCGUGGACAAUCCACAAUUUGAGCCAGCAUUUUCUCGAGCUAUCAACAUUCCCUCCCGGGGAAUUGGAGACAAGUCCCUCGGAGAAAUUCUUGCACGAUCACAGAAACUCAGCAUCUCACCGCUAACUCUUAUCGAACACAUCCACGACUCCAAAAGUCCCGAUCUGGAACCCCCUGUGAAACGCAAGGUCCAAUCCUUUGUGAAUGCGAUACGGUCGCUGAGAUCGUUUGCCGCUGACGGGAUGGAACCAGCUCAAUUGAUUGGGAAGUUAGUCGAGCUCAUCGAUUACCAAGAACAUCUGAAGAAGUCGCAAUCUGACUGGGACACACGAUGGGAGAACGUCCAAGAACUGAUUAACUUUGCGAGUGACGCCGCGGUUGACGCCUCAAACAUCCCUGUCAUUGGUGGAAACGAGUCAUCGUUGCAAGAUACUCCCCUAAGGCAGUUCUUGCAAGCAUCGAUGUUGUCAUCUGAAGGUGAUCAGUCGAAUGAGAACGAUGCCGAGAAGGUGUCUAUUGCGACUUGCCACUCUGCGAAAGGCCUUGAAUGGCCAGUCGUCUUCGUCCCUGCAGUGGAGCAUGGGACCUUUCCUUUUUACCGAGCGGAGGACAUCCAAGAAGAAAGGCAAGGAUGUCAUUGUAUACAUUCAUCUAUUCUGACGGGAUCAUCCAGACGCCUUCUAUACGUUGCAUGCACUCGAGCGCAGACAUCGCUUUAUCUAACGCACGCCUUAAUGCGCAAGGUCGCUGGCGUUUCCAAAACCAGAGACUUGUCUGAAUUCAUUUCUAAAAUCCGUUCCCAGUGUCCGGUAAGAUUUAUCCGUGAAGCAAUUAAACAGGCAUCGUGUCUCAAGCUGGUCUCUUUCUUUUCAGCCGUUGUUCGCCGACAUGCCUCAUACUCACUCCACUCAGGACCUCGGUCUUAUUGCAAGAAUCCUGGAUAG